CUUCUUCUUCUUCUUCUUCUUCUUCUUCUUCUAUCAUAGUGCUCCUCAUUUAUAAUUUUUGUUUUUAAUUUUCGUUUUUCUUCUCUCUCCCCGAAUCUAUCCCCAUCCCGCGACUUGUUUAGGCGACGUUGUCGGAGGAAGCCAAGGAGGUGUACAACAGCCUGGUCGAAACACCAGCGAUCGAAAGCGCACAAGACACGAAUCCUCUUCGUAUGUUGCGUUCGGGAUUGCCUGUGGUGAGACCAAGAGUUCGUGGUAACAAACACGCGACCCUUGGCCAUAGUAUGUCCCAUCCGGAGGACGCAUCUUCGGAACACGCUUUUCAAUUUGUGGAUAUGCAUCACGGCGGAGCAAAAACCUUGCCAAAGAUUCGAGCACCGCCACCUCCUCAUCUGCCACCUCCCUUACCUCAAACUCGAAGCUUGGAGAGGCACCACUCCGCUUUGGAGAUCGAGAACAAUCAGAAUCAGAGUAACGUCGAUGAAAAUCCGAUACCAUUGCCGCCGCGAGAUCGUUCGAAAACGUUACAACCGAAAUCGAGCUUGCCCAGACAUCAAAGGAAACAUCCGUUGAUCAUACCGGGUGGAGGAGUGACGAGGACCCUCGCCAAAAUGGCCGUCACGACGCCGCCCGCUCUGGAGGAUCAAGUCGACGGUAAUUUUCUCCUUCAAUAUGCGAAUUCACCGACCACCAGUACUUCCACCCUGCAGGAGAGCUAUUCUCCGGAAGUUUCGACCAACAGUCCGGAAGAAUUCGAGCAGCGCAUCGAGUCGGAGCUUGCCGCUCUGGAUUCUUUGCCCAUGGACGAAAGCAAGAUGCAUCGUUGCAGCGUCAUCUCGGAGGAUCUACUCGAGUUCUCUGACAAUCUGAUCGAUCCCGAGGAUACAGGAUCCUGUACUACUGAGAACGUAUCGGAGGAAACGAACGACUCCGUUGACGUUGACGUUAGGAGAAAGAUCAGCGUUGAGUCGAAAAAUUCGCAAAAAAGCGUUGCUUCGAAAUCCCUCGAGGAAGAGGCCGAGACGGGGCUGCCCAGUAGAAACUCCACUACGUCCAGCUCGAGCAGAUCGGAAGACUCGAGUCUCUCAAAUAAAAACGAAUCUCCGAGCGUAGCUUCGAUCGCAAGAUCGUCCCAGCCGACGAGCGCGAGAGGAGGAGGAUCGUCGAGCCAUCAAAAAAGAUCUUUCAACUGUACGCUUCAGAUAGAACGGUCCUUUGCGGAGGAAUCCAGCGUGAUCGCUAGCACCGGUACGACCACGCAGUACAACGCAAAUACCGUGAAAUCCUCUGGAUCGGACAAUGCGAAUCGCAAGGAUCCUAAUUGCUGUAACAACGACAACUAUCUUACGUCCAAUACGAAAUCGUACGAUCGCGAAGAAUCGGAUAAAUUGGUAGUCGCGCGUAACAGCGAUUUGUCGCGACAAUCCGAUCACGUUUCCUGCGAGGAUCUUUUAGAGUUCGCUUGCGACGGUCCGAACGCUCGCAGAACUCGUGGUCCGCGUAACGGCGAACAGUCCGACGAAGUGAGAAUCAUGUUGAAGGUUUUACACGAUCAAUCGACUCCCGAGUCCUGCAUAGCGGCCUUGAACGUCACCGGCUGGGACGUCUUGACGGCGAUAAAGCUCGAACGUCUUCAAGGCUUGUUGAAAAGGGAGAACAAUUUUGUCGGUCUCGAGGAUUGCAAGCUGAUGCUCAGCCAGUGCGGCGGGGACGUCGUUAAAGCGGCCGCCUUGCUACGAAACACCGAUGAUACCGCUGCGGUUUAAUCCUCGAGACGCAACAGUUCAAUACGCUUUUGUUUUUCUUUUUUUUUUUUUUUUUUUUUCUACAGAUAAUCGAGAUUCGCGAGAUUUUUAUUUAUUUCCGUUAGGGCUUUUUCUUUUAUAUAGCGAUACAAAAAUAUAGUAUUUCAAGGCGACGCACUUUUCCAACUUUAUUAUCGCGUCGAGUCUUUGCACGAGGGGCGAUCGAAUUUUCCAAAAAUUCGUGCCAGCCUGUUUCAAAGAAACGUUUAAUCGUCUAUUUUAACCGAAUCGCUUAUUUAAUUUAUCCUACUAUUUUUUCGCAGAGUAAUUUGCAUUUUUAUUGUAUCUUUACACGAUGUGAUAUACUUUGCACAAUAAGUAAUCUCGUCAAAUAGUCGGUUUAUCAUUAUCAUUUAGAUGAUAAAGCUGAAUACACUCACACACACACAUAAAUAUAUAUUCGAUGUAUUUUCUAUCUUCCGUUUUGCCAAGGUUUAAUAAUAGGAGCGAAAGUUUUAUAAGGAAAGUCUGCGUUCGGCCAUUAAUUAAACUUUACGUAACGGAUAAACGUAGGAAAAUUUGUAGCAUAUUACGCUUUGAGGGCCGUAUAGUCUCUCCCCUCUCUCUCUCUCUCUCUCUCUGUUUAUAUAUAUAUAUAUAUGUAUGUAUGUAUGUAUAUACAUAUAUACAUAAAAUUGUGUAUUUUAUUUUACACAUAAAGAUGCCCGUUUAGUCAUUUUACUUUACUAUCGUACUUGGGAAGAAAAAAAAGAAAAGGGAAGAAAAGAAAAAAAAAUGAACGCGAUCGAGUAUUUUAUAAGACAAUCAGUUUUUUACGCGUCGAUACGUUUAAUGAUCGCGCUGAUUUAAGCGCGAAGCGAGGAGACUGCACGUAAUACGAUAAGCUCGUUUGAUUCCUUCGCGUGUAGACAAAUUUGUUUAUUCGUUGAUACGUAAUUUUGAUACGAAGAUAAUGUAUUUUUUCUAUCCCCAUUUUUCAGUGUGACGUGUGCGCAGGGCCUACCGCUAUAUAGCAUUUCUCUUUGCGAUUUUAAUUAUUAUUCUCGCUCGGUUUCGUCGAUGUCUUGACGGUGAAAUAGAAAAAAGGGAAUUUAAUAUCGAGAGAAAUAUUUCGUAACGUUUCCGUGCUCGUUCAGGGAAUAAUUUUCUACUCGAGAACGAGCGGCAAACUUUCCUUCGUUUUCACGCCGUCGGUAGCGUCGAAAGGAUAGCGAGAUUAUAAAAUGAAAUAAAAAACGAACAAUAAUAAAAUGUAAGAACGGUGAACGUAAUAAGACUAACGAGAAGAAA